GUAGGCGUGGAUGCUUCUGCCAUCGCAUCUACCCCCUGCACCCAGAGAUCUUUGGGAGCUCACUUCCUACCAGUGAACAACCUGUUCGCCUCUCAGCCGAUUUCUUGGCACGACUGGCACUGAAUCGAGCUGGGCUCCAUUCAAACAUGAAAAAAAUAAUUAAAAAUAAAAUAAAAAUACAACCAGUUUUCUCCGCAAAAAACGUUUAAUGACACUUAAUACGUUCCAAGUUUUGGCCAUCUCUUUAAUUGGAGUUUACUUGGUACUGAAUCAACGUUAACGGGUGGGUCUUGUAGGCCCGGCACUUUACAAAGGGGGGAUGAAAUACUGGGCAGGUCACCUUGGGGCGGCCGGUCCCCUGCGGGUUACACCCCCACCCCCCUAAAUGGAGAGGAGGGUGUCUGCCGUGCGAUGCACCCCCAAGGGGUGGCGCUGCCGUGCUGGCCGUGCAACGGCGGGGCGACGCGGGGCCGGGCGGGGCGGCCGCCACCCCGACCAGUUGGCUGCGACCAGCGCUCCGGAUCGGAGCAGCCAGCUGGAGGAGCUGCCCGCGCCGCGCCGCGUCGCGCCGAGGAACGCGUCGACUGAGUGAGUGCGCCCGGCCACGCACGCCGCGCCAGCCGCGCCGACUCGAAUGUAAACAGUGAACAGCGACAAGGACAGCGCCUGCCUGGAUAAGUCACCUCAGCUCAGCAGCCGGCCCCCAGCAUGCAGGUGCCGCUGAGGGAGCUGAACCUGCGCCGGCUGUGGUCCGGCAUCAAGUCGUCCUCGUCGACCAACUCGUCGGCGUCGUCCUCCGGGCGGCAGCGCGCCGACUCGUCCUUCCUUGGGGCGGCGGGCGGCGGGGGCGCCUCGUCGCCGGGGGCGGAGGCGGCCGGGGGCGGCGGCGAUGACGGGGACGUGCAGGAGGCGGCCCCCUCGGCGCCGCCCCCGCGCUCGCUGCCCCUGCUGCAGGUGUGGCCCUCGCAGGACAGCCCGCGCGCCGAGCACGAGGACCACGGCCAGGCCUUCGUCUUCCCCGCCGGCCUCUCCGCCGGCGUCGGACCCAAACCGCCCGGCUCCACCACCUCGUCGGCCUCGGCCACCACGCACCAGCACGACUCCGGCAUCGACUCCGUCCAGGCCAGCCCGACGCCGUGCCCCGUGGCGCCCUCCAGCCCGCACAGCUGCCCCCGCACCCCGCCGAGGUCGCCGUCGCCGUCGCCCUCCCCGACGGGGCCCCGGAGGUCGAGCUCGGCGCUGAGCUCGGCGCUGCUGCACCCGGACCACGCCCGGCUGUCGCUCGCGGACGCGCGCACCCGCCUGCUGCGCUGCACCUCGCCGACGAUGAGCCCCACGGACACGCACGCGUCCAACGACGACGUGAGCCUGUCGGGGGACUUCCCCUUCCACUGCUCCAUGGCCGUGUCCAACUCGUCGUCGACGGCGUCCUCGCUCAACUCGGUGACGACGGGCAACGCGACGGACCGGUCGGGCGGCGGGCACGGGCGCAGCCGGGGCGGCGGCCGCACCUCGGACCCUUGGCUCAUGCCGGGCUCGGACAGCGACCACCGCCGCCGCUCGUCCACCAUGACUGCGCGCUUCUCGCUGCUGGACGCGCUCGACCUGGACUACGCGCUGCGCGCCGCGGCCGCGCGGGGCAGCGUCGGCCCUUGCAGCUGGUCCGAGUCGCUGCACAAGCUGACGUUCACGCAGAGCUUGGCCUUCCCCGCGCUGGCGCGCGGCCGCGGGCUGGGCGGCUCCGGCAAGCGGCCGUCCUCGCGCCGCCGUCCCCAGGAGGGCUCGGACACGGGGCUCAACGCCUUCGCCAAGGUGGUGACGGCCCUCGUGCUGGUGCUCGUGUCGGUGCUCGUGUUCCUUGUCGUGUACAAGUUCGUGCGGACGUGAGGGUUGCUCCUGUCCCCCAUGGGCCCGGCGAUGUCGCCGCCGCCGGUGUCCGGGGGACAGGAGCACCUGGGUGAGCACCCCGUCAAUGACUCGUUCCCGUACGUGUACGCGCACGGCGUGCCCUGGCUGCGGCCCGACAGGUAGCGAGGCGCGGGGUCGCCCAAGGACCCCGCCAAGGGCGACCCCCUGGUCAACAGCUUCCUGGAGUGGCGCCGCCGCGCGAAGCUGGAGGACCGCGCGGCCGAGAGGACGGACUCUAAUGAGCGACGGCAUCCUUUCGAGGACGACGACGUCGACAGCCCGGCGCCGCCCGGCGACGACGGCGCCCCGGCCCGCCUCGGCGACGAGGAGGUGCCGGACGGCGACGGGCGCGCCGACCUCGGCGCCGACAUGCCCGAGGACGAGUGGCAGGACCAGAUACAUCCCACGAACUGAGGAUGAGAGAUACAUUCGUUCUGUGUGGACCCGCGUGGCUGUAAAGGGUCUGAGAGCAAAGUAAAUUAUUUUCCAGUCUUACAAAUGCCCGGACAGGAUUUACAUUGCUCUCGGACCCUCUGCUUUGCCUUUGUGACUUUUCCCGCGAAAAGUGCCGAACGCGCAUCGCCAGCUCACCAGUCCCACGUCCUUUCUUCUUGUUGUUCUUCAACUACCACGAAUUGACUUUGGUACAAUGGGAUCACUCAACUGUCGUGUGGUGCGUGAGUGACCGAGUCACUCAGACAUUUGGCGCUGCACCCUGGUGUUGAUAAGUUAUAGUUUUGUUUCGCGUUGAUCGUUUGACGAGAUUAACAGUGUAUUUUGAUUAACGGAGGGAGAAGAAGAGCGGGUAGACCAUAAAGGCUCCUGAUUGGUCGAACCUUUACCCCCACUACCGGCGUGACGCAGGGGCGGGAAUCUCUCGACCAAUCGUGAACGUUUAUGUUCUAUCCGCUCUUCUUCUUCCUCCGUUGGUCGAAAUACACUAUUCAUGUAUGUGCAUGUGCAUCAACGAAUAUUGCCACCCUCAUCGUGGAGACGGCGUGGUGUUCGAUUGGUGUACAUUAAAAGUAUAACUCGUCUUCUAUUUUCACUACCCGUCGUUUUCAGCCUUUGAAUAUAAGUUAAAAUGCGCCACUGUAAUGUCGCCCUUUAAAGGGGAUUAUUACGCAUUUCAUUGAAUAUAUGUAUAUCAUUGUGUAUUAGAUGAUUACUCUCCUCUUGUGACAAUACUUUGAUCCCCUGCGUCUGUUAUUUUAUAUUUUACGGCAGCAAGAAGGUCAUCCCAUGGAGCGAAUCACAGAAGAUAAUAAACAAUAAACCGAUAUAUUGGGCA